AUGCCGUCACACCAGCUCACCGCCCUGGCCUCCCUCCGCGUCUCCAAGCACCUCAUCCCAGCCCACAACCUGAUCCCAAACACCUCCCUCCAGCAAAAGCCCCUCCUCCUCUACCACGGCGCCUUUCCUAGCUCCAUCACCGCCGCUGAGAUUGAGUCCCACCUCGCGUCAGUCGCUGUCGUCGAGCCCCAGUGGCGCUACACCAUGUACACGCGCAUCCACUUUCACUCGACGACGCACGAGGUCCUCUGCGUCAGCCGCGGGCGCGCGCGUCUUUGCUUUGGCGGCGAGGCCAACGAGGCCCGUUUCGAACCUGUUGUCGAGACGGGCGAUUUCAUUGUCGUUCCCGCGGGGUCGGACAUCGGCUGCUUGAGGAUCUGGACGGGGGCUUUGAGAUGGUCGGUUCGUAUCCCAAUGGGCGGCAGUGGGACAUGUGCUAUGGCGAGGCGGGCGAGGAGAGGCAGGUCGCGGCCAUCAAGAGGUUGCCGUGGUUUGCAAAGGACCCGAUAUAUGGAGAUCAAGGCCCGGCUCUAG